UCAGGAUCGUGCAUCUCUAGUUUAUUUAUAUUUUGUAACAUUUUGGGGGAAAAUUGUUUUUAUUUUGUUAUAGCUAAAAGUAACUGAGAAGCGUCGCAUAUAUUCAGGAGGUAUCAAUAUAGAAAGGAUAGUUAAGGGGUAUAAAGAAAGAGUGUCAGAGUUUUGCGGGCUAAAGUGAAACAGAAAUUCUAACCGGAGAAGACGUAAUUCUACCUAAGGACAAAGUUACAUGUGAAUAUUUUUCGGAUUAUUUGUGUUUUGCCGUUCGAUUUAUAUCUGGAGGGAGAUAGCGGAGCAAUUUGUCAUACAUUAUAAAUUAUUGUGAUCGAUUGGUGAAAAGUGGAUACAAACUAACAUGUAAAGAUUAAUAAACCAGCUGGAAUAAAGUCAACAUCUGUGUCUAAUACUGCAGUAAUAACAGAACAGUGCAUGCACUGUUCGAGAGAUAUAUAAAUCAUUCUCUUUGGUGUGUAUGCGAGACUAUACCGCACGAAUUUGUUCCACUACCUAUGUCGUUCACGCACGAGACUCGGCGUGUUUGAUUUAAUUCUGAUGCACGGGUAAUGAAGACGUGCACGGCUUUACUUAUGGCUGGUUUAGGAUUUACUGUCGGACUUUUGUGCGGUCUUCUUGUUCAUUUACCGGCGGAGACGUUGCCGGCGAACAGCUUCGAGGGUCAUCAUCUCUCAAGACUAAGAAGAGUAGCGCAAGUGGAUCCGGGAACUUUAGGGAACAUACAAGGAACUGUGGGUGAUUAUAUAAAUUCCAAUGUGGAGGUUAAUUCUGUAGGAACGGCGCACAAACAAGAUUUUCAAGAGGAUUUAGCGAAUAGCGAUUAUGUCGGAUUGAAUGGAGAAAAUCUGGAUCAAAAUGGAUAUAAAGUGAUUAAAAAUGAAAAAUCGACGCAUUUCAGUGCAUUAAAUAAACCUACGAAUAGAAAUUAUGAAUCUGUGGUUUAUGUAAAUCCAGAUCAGCAGAAGCUUGUGCUAGAUAAUAAUGUAAAUAAUGAAACAGAUACUAAUCAGUUUAAAGAACCAUAUGCUGCAGAACCAAAGUUAUCUAACACUGUCACAAUAGAUAAUAAGCGAAUUGAUCGAGCGAAAAACCGCAUGGCUACAGGUGAAAAAGUAGCCAACGGUCAAAAUGACCGGACCAGUGACAAAAUUGAAACUGACAAUUAUCGAAAAGGACUGAUAUCGAGUGGGAAUGACGUAAUCAGUGGCGUCUAUUGGAGUGAUAGCGUUGAACAAUCAUGUCCGAAAGGAUUUUCAAAAGAGGAUCACGAAGCCUGGAAGAAAAAGGCUAAAAAUGAGAAAUUUGUAAAAAUGAGCGAAGGUUGUGGUCGAAUGCAGAACCGUAUCUUAACAUUCCAAAAUUCUGAAAAAGCUUGUGCUAGGUAUAGACUAAAUGUUGAUCAAAUUCAAGGUGAAAUUUAUUCCUAUUAUCUCAGUAAAUUGCUAGGUGUAAACAAUGUAGCACCAUCGGUCCUGCAAUUAGCAAACACUCGUGAAGACCAGUGGAUAAGGGUCGGUCAAGAAGUUGGCACGGCUAUGUGGUCUGAAGAGAGACCGGUUAUUCUGUCUAAAUGGAUAGACGGUUUGUCACCUGCAUACAUUCCGACGGAGUUUAGAAAUUUGUCGAACGUUCUCCGCCCGAAAGACGUAUCGGUGCAAUUUAAAUUAAAUGGUGAUAAAUUGUUCAAUGAAAAUGACGGUAGCUCGUUAUGUGAGCUACACCAGUGGUCGGAUUUGAUAGUAUUUGACUAUCUGACCGCAAAUUUAGAUAGAGUAGUUAAUAAUUUAUUUAACUUACAGUGGAACGCACGAAUGAUGAGCAAGCCAGCUCAUAAUCUUGAGAAGGGAACCAGUGGCAAUCUAGUGUUUUUAGACAAUGAGUCGGGACUAUUCCAUGGUUACCGGCUUUUAGAUAAAUAUAGCACGUAUCAUAAAUCGUUGCUAAAUUCUUUAUGUGUUUUUAGAAAACAGACUAUAGAUUCUUUACGACAUUUUGUCGCUACUGACAGCAUUAGUGACUCGUUACAAUCAAUUUUUGAGGCGAAUGAACCUUUAUAUAGAUAUAUUCCAAGAGUGCCGGAGAAAAAUAUCAAAAUUUUAAAAUCUCGCAUGGACGAUGUGUUAAGACAGGUUCAAAAAUGUGAAUCUCAAGGUAGAUAGAAUAGAACAGAAUAGAAUAGUGUAGAUGAUGUAAGUUAUACUAAAAGUCUUUCUGGUCAGGUUUUACUUGUUAGUUACGUAAAGAUACGUAUAUAAGAUAAAAGGGCCCUUAUAUAUUAAGGCAAACUAGACAUAUGGAAAAAAGUUUACAUAAGACAUAUGUACGAAUGAAGAUAUUAAUUGUCUACGUUUUGAAAGGUGUAGUUUUCGAUUUUUUUCCAAUAACAAUAUGGAAUUGUUUCAGGUAUUAUGCUCACCAUUGUGCCCGGAAUAAAAUGGGGGCACGUGUUAUCUAUUUUUGUUAUCAAAUAAAAAAUAUCUAUUUUUAUAAGCUUAUAGCUAUAUCGACAAACACAUUUUUUAAGAUACUUGAAAAUAUUAAAUUGGAAAAAUGCAACAAUUUAAUCAUUUAUGUGUUUUGAUGACAUUGAUUAUAUAAUAAUUUAUUUCCAUACAGCAUUAACAUAUGUUUAUCAAUAUCAUUUCAACAUUUUUUACAGAAUGAUUUAAUACAUGGAUUAAAAGUAUGGAUGAGUGGGGGUAGGUUACCCUGGUAACAAACCAUUUAAUGUCUAUUUUAUAAUAUUUAAGACAAAAUAUUAAUAAUUGUGAUUUAAAACUUAAAUAUUCCCUAUUUUUUGCUUGCCAAGUUGUUCUUUUUAUAUUUUAAGAUAUAUGUAUAUGCGAUUACUCCUUUUUUAAUUAUUAACAUACUGUUUUCCUGGAAAUAUUAUGAUAAAUUAUCAGCCUCGGGAUUUUAACAUUUCUGUCCAAGAAAAAAUCUAAAAAUCCAAUGAAAAUAGCUUUAGUUCUUAACAAAUGUGUAUUGUAACAUAUUAAAUUGCCCGUAUCUAUACUAAUUAUUUAUGGCGACUUUUCCAAGUGGUAUUUUCAUGAUAGUUAAAUAGUAAAGUUGAAUUGUUUUUAUAUUCUUUAUCAACAAAUAAGUAACUAUAUUACAGAACAAUCAUUCAAUUUUAACAAAACAAAUAUUGAUAUAAAUAUUCCGAGUUUAUUUUUAUCCAAUAUACUAUCAUUGAAUAUGACUAUAUUUGUAAUUUCAAUUCAUUUCAUUAUUGACUUAACAUAAUUUAAACAAUGAUGAUGGACUUUUAAGUGGCAUGAAAAAUAGAUUUUUUAUGUAUUUUUGUGACAUGGCCUCGCUUCUAUGCCGUUGUUUUAAUGUCCGGACUUCCAAAACUGACCGACUUAAUUUUAUUUUAAACAACAUAUAUAAAAUGUGCAUUUUUGUUGACUUAACCAUUCCAGAAAUAAAACAUAUGUUUCUUGUAAACAAAUGUGCUGUUACAUGAUUGUAUAAGCAACCGGUAUAUACAUGUAUUUUUCGCAGACGACAUUAUUUUUUUUCUAUUUAUUACUAUUUUUAGACAUUUAAACAUUCUUCUAGCCUGAAAUAUGGAUUCCACGUUCUUAUUAAUUUGUAAUACCAUAUAAAAAAUAGUACACUUCUAAUAUUUUAAUUUAUACUUCUUUGCUUAUUUCAAAAUUCAAAUGUGUCAACAGAAUUGGAUGUAGAUAUAUGACUUUUUAUCAAAUCGACUACUGUAGGUAUUGUAUUUAAUCAGUAUUGAAUAUUCAAGCAGAUGAAAAAAAAAUCAAUUUGGGUGACAUCUUUUAACAGUAUUGUUCUUAAUUUAACCAUUUAUACCUACAUUGAAUGUUAUAAUAUUUCUUGUUUUCACGGGCCAUUAACCGAGGCUUUGCUAUUGCGACACUUAACUAUGCACAGGCUAUAGGAGGUUUUUAUUAAAUUCAACGGGGAUUUUUUUUGUAUUCUUAAAAAUGGGCGGGGAUGAACUGGAUUGUGGUAUUAAAAUUAAAUUUUAGGAUUGAAUCUUCAUCUAUACAUUUUUAAAUAACAUUUCUAUAACUUCAGUAUUAAAAGUAAACAGGGUUUAAAUUAAGUAAAUAUGACAUAACGUUAAAACAUGAUCUAAAACUUGAUUUAUCAUAACUGCACUAUAGUUUAAUUUAAAAAAAAAGAAACUCCGUCAUCUAAAUUUUAGAAGCGAAGAUACGUUUUCUUUCGAAUUCAUUUCAUAUUGAGUAGUUAACAAAAUCGGUUUUCAGUUUAUGAAAAACUGUACAAUUUUCAAUUCAGUUGAUAUGAAAUAGGUUUUUUUCCUUUUUGAAUGAUAUUAGGUUAAAGCAGGGAUGUCUCAGUGCAAGGGUUAUAAAGAAUUUAAUAUGUAACAUUUAUUUGUAUAACUCGUGUGCGCCACAUGGAAUAAUGUUCUUAUAUGUACUGUCUACGCAUCAUUGCAUUUCACUAUCUGUAAUCUGUGCUCUGAUUAAAAUGUAGCCUGUGAUAAAAUAGAUGAGGCCCUUUCGUUUGAAUAUUUUGUGAGCUGUCACAUCAAAAGGGCCCCAGCUUUUUUUCUAUUUCAACAUCAUUUUAUAAACAUUGUUUUUUUAAUUUUGAAAAUUUAUUGCACUAUGCUUGAACUUUUGUUGUCCCUCUUUGUAUUAACAAUUUGAUAGUGACGCCUGAACAUUUGAUGUAAUUUGUUUUUUUAUACGUUUUUUUAUAUUACUUAAAAGAGCGGAGAUCAUUUACAUCAACAAAGCUCCAUUUUUAUCUUUAAUUUUGGGGCCUUUUUGAUGUGACAACGCCCAGAUAUUUUGUUCAAUCAUUCCAUGGUAACGUAUUCUCCUAUUUUCGUCAAACGAAAACUGUUAUGUGAAAAAUGUCACGUGUAUAUAUGUGUCUUUGUUAAGCAUCUAACAAUGAUUGUAUAGUUUGUUCACAGUGCUAUGUGUACGUGUAAAUGUUGUUAACAAUUUGAUCUAUAUUUAUAUAAACGAGGAUAAAAUCCUCUCAAAUGCAAA